AGUCUUGUCGCUUUUGCCCUUGCCUUCAGCUUUACGCCUCUUCCCCGUCUGUCAGCCGCGCACACUCGGACAUGUGUCACGACUCCGACUCCUCGGAGGGCUUCGAGGUCGAGGCCAUCUAUGGCUACUCGCGCACGCGCAAGGAGGUCGCCGUGAAGUGGAAAGGCUAUGGCCUCAAGAAGGACGAGUGGCAGCCGCUGCCGCACGUCGAGAUGGGCUGCGGCGAGCUGCUGCUCCGCUUCAAGAAGCUCGCGGGCAUCGAGCCGGACGUCGAGCUCGAGGACACCGAGUCCAUCGCGCCCGAUCACCGCGGCUGGCAGAAGUACCGCCUCUCUGACGACGAGGAUGAGGACGAGCCUGACGACGAGCCUCGGCGUGGCGAGGAAGAUGACGACUCGGCCGAUGCGUACGAGGCAGAGGCCUCGGACGACUCCGACCCCGAGUCGGCGCAAGUGGGACGCAAGCGCAAGCGCAAGGCGCCGCCGUCGCCCACCAAGCGGAAGCCUGGCCCGAAAAUACACCGCGUCAAGGAUCCCGUGUCGCUGCAAGAGGACCGCCGAGCGCGCGCAGCGAGGGCCACCAAGUCGAAGCCUGUGAACGACUACACGAUCGGCAUCCCCAAGCCGCCGAAGGAGACUCGCGGACGCGACGACCCUCUCGGCCCUCAUGACGACGCUUACAUUCUCGGGACGAUUUUCAACUGGUUCUGCUCUAUCGGUCCCGUCGGCGACCUCAACCGCUUCGCUUACCUUCAGAAGAUCGCCGGGCUCCCUGGCCCGACCGAGAAGCGCAAGGCCGGCGAGCUCGUUCGCACCGGCAUCCAGGCGACGAUGCACCGUCUGGUCGACCACGCGCUGCAACGCGGCAGCCUCAAGCCGCCGACGGGAGUGAAGCGCGUCACGAAUCAGCAGACCGCCGACAUGAUCGCUGCGAUCUACGAGCUCUGGCAGGGCAGGGUCCCUGGCUGCUCUCACUCGCCAGAGUGGAUCUCGAUGGCCAACGCGCGCAACCUGUCUCUCGACCGCAGCAAGGAAGGAGCCAAGGUGGGCAACGAGCGCCUGCGUCAGCGCGCCACGCAUCUCUUCAGCAAGAUCAAGACCGAACUGCGCAAGUGUGGCUGAGCGCAGUCACAACGUGUGCGGUGGUCGCGGGCCCCACGUCUCAGCGAUGAAAUGCGAUGUGAUUCGACGUGCGCUGCAGUGGGAGACGCAGAUGGGGUAUCGCUAGAGGUCGUGGUGCGGUGGCGGCUUGGCGUCGGCGAGCGGCGAGACGCUCAGGGUCCGAGCCUCGUAGUCGUGCUCAAGGUACUUGCCGCGCAUCCAGUUUUGCCUGGCAGAAGGAGGGCAUGGUGAGUAGAGCCGCGGACAGAGAAGGUAGCGACGUACCCGACGAG